AUGAGAUCACUGGCCCUCGGCCUCUUCUGCCUGUUGUGCUGUGAUGCAGUUCGGCUGGACAGACGCCGUCCCAGACCCAUUGCAUCCAGAGGGCGAAAUGAGUCUACUGUCCAAACAAGCCCAUUGGAGAACCCCUGCAAAGGUGUCCCGCUGGAUUUCAUCUUCGUCAUUGACAGCUCCCGCAGCAUUCGUCCCAACGACUACGAGAAGGUCAAGACCUUCAUCAUUAACCUGCUCCAGUUCCUGGGGGUUGGUCCUGAUGCAACACGGGUGGGCCUGCUCCAGUAUGGCAGUGAGGUCCAGAAUGAGUUCUCCCUCAACACCUACAGCACCAGGGCGGAGGUGGAGCAGGCAGUGAGGAACAUGGAGCACCUUGCCACAGGAACCAUGACCGGCCUGGCCAUCCAGUACACCAUGGAGACAGCCUUCACCGAGGCAAAGGGAGCACGACCGGUGAGCCUUCACAUCCCACGUAUCGCUAUGGUCGUGACGGACGGGCGGCCUCAGGACUCAGUGGAGGUGAUUGCAGCUCAGGCAAGGCAGGCGGGCAUCCAGAUCUUCGCUAUUGGAGUGGGCAGGGUGGAUAUGAAAACCCUGAGGGCCAUAGGCAGUGAGCCACACUCUGAGCACGUGUACCUGGUGGCCAAUUUCAGCCAGAUGGAAACCCUCAUUUCAGUGUUCCAGUCCAAACUGUGUGGAGGCUCAGACAUGUGUGAGGUGGUGGACCAUCAGUGCCAGCACAUCUGUGUGAGCACACCAGCCUCGUACAGGUGCAAGUGCAGGAGAGGCUUCACCCUCAACCCUGAUGGCAAAACAUGUAAAGGCGAGGAUGUGUGUGCCACAGUGGAGCACGGCUGUGCCCACAUCUGUGCCAACCUGCCUGAUGGCUAUGAGUGUCGCUGCCGCCCAGGAUAUCAACUCAACAUAGACCUGAAGACAUGCACCAGACCAGACUUCUGCGACCUGGGGAACCACGGCUGUGAGCAUGACUGUGUCAGCACCACCGAGUCCUACAUCUGCAGGUGUAAGAAGGGCUACGUACUCAAUCUGGAUGGCAAGACCUGCAGCAAAAUUGACCACUGUGCUGAUGGGAAACACGGCUGUGAGCAGGAGUUCACGAACACUGAGGACUCGUGUGUGUGUAAAUGCAGAGAGGGUUACACACUCAGACCAGAUGGGAAAACAUGCAAGAAGACUGACCACUGUGCUGAUGGGAAACACGGCUGUGAGCAGGAGUUCAUGAACACUGAGGACUCGUGUGUGUGUAAAUGCAGAGAGGGUUACACACUCAGACCAGAUGGGAAAACAUGCAAGAGUCUGGAUCUCUGCCAGACAGUGGACCAUGGCUGUGAGCAUCAGUGUGUCAGCACAACCGACUCCUACGUGUGCAGGUGCUUUGAGGGAUUCACACUGAAUGAGGACGGCAAGAGCUGCAGAAAGGUGGAGUGUGGCGAAGGAGUCGUGGAUCUGGUGUUUGUGAUUGACGGCUCCAAGAGCCUGGGCUCUGCCAACUUUGAGCGGGUCAAGCAGUUUGUCAAAGCCAUUGUAGACUCGCUGGACAUUUCCAGAACAGGCACACAUGUUGGCCUUCUCCAGUAUUCCACCAAAGUCCGUACGGAGUUCACCCUGAGCCGCUUCGCCACGGCUCAGGACAUCAAACAGGCUGUGGGCCGGAUGCAGUACAUGGGGAGAGGCUCCAUGACCGGGUCAGCCCUGCGUCACAUGUUUGAGUACAGCUUUUCAGCCAAAGAAGGUGCCAGGGCAAAUACUCCCCGUGUGAGCAUUGUGUUCACUGACGGACGAUCGCAGGACGAUGUCUCUGAAUGGGCCAACAAGGCAAAGAACGCUGGAAUCACAAUAUAUGCCGUGGGUGUUGGCAAAGCUAUCGAGCAGGAGCUGAGGGAGAUAGCUUCAGAGCCUGACGACAAGCAUCUGUAUUAUGGGGAAGAUUUUGAUAAAAUGGGAGAAAUUGCAAAUAAGCUGAAGACAAGGAUAUGUAAAGACAAGCCUUCCGAUGAAGAGAUGUGUCAGUGUGAGAAUGUGAUGAGGUUUCAGAAACAGGUCACAGAGAAGCUGAAGAACCUGGCACAGAGUAUUGAAGCCAUGUCAAAGCGGCUGGAGACACUCGGGAACCAACUUGUGCAGAAGUGAGAGGCUCAGACUUGACCUUCUCUGACCUGCAGUGUAGCGUUCAAGGGGUCCUCACCGAGCUACACUGACACAUAUGCAAUGCUUCCUAAUGAAACUGCUGUUUAUACACUAUUGUAGACAACAUGUUUUUUUUUUUUUGUUUGUUUUUUUUGUAUAAAAAUGGAGAACGAUAUUAAAAUUGUAUCUUUGCCAACUAGAGGUAUUAAAAUAGAGCAUUUUUAUAUGGCAGGUCCGUGCAGCUUCAGG